GAGCAGGAGAGGGGGACGGGCAUAGUGCUGGGAGAGAGCUCUGGGUUAAAGCUGUGUGAUACAUACAGUGCACGUCAAGAUAACCUGAGGUUCACAAAGAAACCACUUUUGUUUUCAUUUUCCAGUACAUGAAGUUCCGGAGAGAACCAACGCUUGUGCCUUGAACUUUAGCUCUGUAACUUGGGAUCAGCUGAACUGUUAUGACACCAGAAUCUGUGGCAGCAAAUAUUAUUGCAGGGAACUUAGCACUGUUUUCGUGGUGAUCCGUGUUGUCUUUCUGUUGCAUCUUUGUUCCAGGUUUUUAAUGCAUAAUGCAGUGCUGAGCCUGUGACUUGAGGCCUGAAAUGCAGCAUCUACAAAUGUCAAUUCUGAGCGAGAAGAAAACUGGAGGAAAGAGAUUGUAAAUGAAAAUGCGCAUACAGUGUAAAUAUUAGCCUCUGCAGAUGCUUUCUCAUAACAGAGUACAUGUCUGAGGCUGCUGCAUUGCUGAAGUUCAUCUCCACUUCACCCAGUCUUCCAGACCAUGUGCUCCAUGCUUUGAGACCAGGAGGACCUUGGUGUUCUGACAUGAAGAUGGAGGCGGUGGGAAAAGCAGAAGAACUUGUUGAUUCAGAAGUUCCACCAAAGACUUCUGAGAAGCAAGAAACUGCUCCUGAUGAAGACGGACCUAUAGAACUCGAGACACACACUCAGAAAGACAACGUAUCCGCUGCAGCAGACUCUGCGGUGCUCUCCUCAAUGCCUUGCUUACUUAUGGAACUGAGGCGAGACUCCUCAGAGUCUCAGCUGGCAUCUACAGAGAGCGAUAAGCCAACGGGUGGUCGAUUUUAUGAGAGUGACUCUUCUAAUCACUGCAUGCUUUCCCCUUCUUCCAGUGGGCAUUUGGCUGACUCAGAUACAUUGUCUUCCACAGAAGAGAAUGAGCCCUGUCAGGCUGAAGCUGUUGUAGAGGAAGACGCUUCUGCAGCGUCUGGGGCUGCAGUUGGGAGGAAAUCCAGGCGAUCUAGGUCCGAAAGUGAAACUUCAACAAUGGCUGCCAAGAAAAAUCGACAGUCUAGUGAUAAGCAGAAUGGUCGAGUUACCAAGGUAAAAGGUCAUCGAAGCCAAAAGCACAAAGAAAGAAUCCGGCUCUUGAGACAGAAACGGGAGGCAGCUGCUCGCAAGAAGUACAACCUGCUGCAGGACAGCAGUACCAGUGAUAGUGACCUGACGUGUGACUCGAGCACGAGCUCAUCAGAGGAUGAUGAAGAGGUUUCAGGGAGCAGCAAGACAAUCACUGCAGAGAUACCAGAUGGACCUCCUGUCAUACCUCAUUACGAUAUAUCAGACACAAAUUCAGACCCAGAAGUGGUAAAUGUGGACAAUCUGUUGGCAGCUGCAGUAGUUCAAGAGCACAAUAAUUCCUUAGGAAAUCAAGACUCGGGAUCUGCCUGGAGAACCAGAGGGCUGCUAGAUGAACUGAGUGGUGAUACAGGUCAUUUGGAUCCAGGCUUCCUUGCAAGUGACAAAACCUCUUCUGGUAAUGCCCAGAUCAAUGAAGAAAUCAGUAUCGCCUCUUCUGACAGUGAAGUAGAGAUUGUUGGAGUUCAAGAACAUGCCAGGUGUGUGCAUCCCAGGGGAGGCGUGAUUCAGAGUGUGUCUUCCUGGAAGCAUGGCUCAGGCUCACAGUACAUUAACGCUCAGCAAGCACAAUCAUGGACAGCUGUGACUCCUCAGCAGAAUUGGUCUUCGCCCCCAGAAGUAGUAGACCUCACUUUGGAUGAGGAUACCAGACGCAAAUAUCUACUGUAAUGCAAUGUCACCAUGUUUCUGUCGCCACCCCUUCUCCCCUUUAUGGCACAGAAGUUCAUUGUUAAAGCUUCAGCUUCAGAAGCCCUGCUCCUGGCUUUACAAAAUUCAGACUCAUGAAGUUUAUCAUUUCCAUACGAAUGUAGUAUAAUUUCAGUAUCAUUUAAAAUGGUUUUGCCUUCUUCAAAGAGGAUUUCUCCCAGAAUUAAAACCCGAUAGUACCAAAUUUAAGAUACAUCUACAGUUACUAAUGUGUGCGUGUUAAUCCGAAGAAAUAACUGUGUGCAAACUUAAGUCCUCCCACCUUUUCCCACCUACAGCUUUAGAACAUUUUUCAUUUAUCAGUAUAUCGAGGGGUUUUUUUGUUAGAAGUUAGUGUUUUGCUGUGCGAGCAUCAGUGAUUUUGAGAAAUGCUGUGUUCUCACUGAUUUUAGUGGAAUUGGGGGUAUUCAACACUUGCAAAAACUGGGCCAAAAGUAUUCAUACCUAAGCUGAUUUGGUGUAUACUAGCAGGAGGGACUGUCUUUAAUACAAACGGCCCAUAACAUAUGCACUGAACAGCUUUUAGUUAGAGGACUUCUAUUUUGAAUAUAAUUUAUAGUUUACACUCUUUUCAGUGCUGAGUCUUCUGUCUACUUGACUACUGUGUUUCACUGAUCAUUUCCCAUAGCUUAUUAUGGUUUAAAACAGUAAUAGUAGUGACUUAGUAGCAGCUGAUUAUUGCAAAAGCAGAGGGAAAAAGUAAUAAAAAGGCCCGGCAUCUGUCUCUGUUUUAAAUAUAGCUGAACUUUUCUACCUGUAUCUGGGUCUUGCCUGGAGUAGGAGAGGGGGAGAAACGAAACAUUUCAUUCAUAGGUCUCAUUUCUGCUGUUGUUUAUUUGCUUCAUUGAUUAUGCAACAAAAUUCCAAAGCCCCAGGCUGGCAAAGCACUUUAGCAGCUGAAACUGUGGGGCCAUUCAAGUGCUUAAAACCCUGUCCUAAGUGAUGUUGCAGGAUCAGGGCCUGAGGGUGGGAUCUUUGUUUUGGUUUUUUUUUUUACAAACCCCUAUAUCUGCACCAUUUUCCUGGCUCUAGGCCAUGUCUCUUAUCCUAGCUUCGGAAUUGUGUUUGGGGUAUGAUCCAGGAUCCACUUGUCUACCAGAAUACCGACUGAAAUCAGUGUAACUACUUCCUUGAGGGGGCUGUGAUUUCUGUAGCGUGUAUGGGAAUUCCUGCCCCUCAUCUGUCAUUCUGAGCCUUUCUCAAGGCAAAAACCAAAGAUUAGGCUUUAACAAGAUGACAUUCACUUUAAACAUCUACUGUGCAAUUAAAAUGUUUCUUUGUAUUCCAAAUGUUCCUAGUGGGAAUUUUGUACAGCUCUAUCAUCAGAUUAUAUUUUUGUUUUUACCACUUAAGGCGGUAGUCAGGACAUAGGAAGUUUGAUUUUCUUUUUGUGUUGGCUGGUUUCUAAAUUUACUUGGCUUCCAAUAAUUGUAUCUCUGGAUACAAUUGUUAUUGUUAUAAGGGAUUGUUAUUCUAAUUUCAAGCUUUCUGAAGCAUUGAACAUAAGUGUAUUGCAUGGCCAGAAAAAUGUGUGUCAUGCUUCUAGUGACUGAUGUCUUCCUCUGGGAAUGGGAGGGAGGGAAGCAGUGGUGUCUGGAGGGAGCCCAUUAGGGAAGAUGCCUGUACCACUGGGGCACUACAUCGGUUAGGGGCUGUCCAUCUUUUCUUCUCGUGUUGUAGCCAAGUGGCUGGUUUUAGCGGGCUAGCACACAUGCUAUAAAGGUAACUUUGGAACCGUGACUCGGUGUUGCUGCUUCUUCCUGUUUCACAAAGCCUUUUGAAGAAAGCUGCAGGGACCCAUUUGUAGUCCUCCCAUGGAAAAUGCAAACUAACUCCCUUGUUUUUCAGUCUGUAUAUGAUGUGGCUUCCAUGUAUAUAUAUAUAAAGAUGACUGCGUCCUAACCAAACUUCCUCCAAUUGUGCACUGUGUUUGUUUAAACGAUUCAUGUAUUGUAGGUUUUCUUUUAUUUAAAACACUACAUAAUUUUAUCUUAUUCUUAACAGAUUUGAAAGGGUAGAGAUCUUGAAACCACAAUCACUGGAUAGCUACAAAGUGGAUUUGUUUUCUUGUUGUUUUGUUUAUUAUUUUUUAAGAAAGCAAAAGGUGCCUGGAUGCUUUUGCUCUUCUCAGCAGGAAAGAGAAGUGUUAGCCAUUGUAUGGCUGCGAACCAGUGCACUUGGGGGCUGAUC